AAGAAGAAACGUUGUUUUUUUAUUUUUGUCAAUGGCGGCUGAUCUCCGGACAAGAAGACAAGGCUGACAACAACAAACAUGUUGGCGCCACAAACUAACAUGUUGGCGCCAUAAACUGACACGUUGUCCCGCCAUUUCCUACCGCUUGUCCCUUUUGGGCUCGGCGCAUGAACAUUGUCUCCAUGACUGAGAUGAAGUAGUGCUAGUGAGGCCUGUCGUCAUCCACAUCCCGCCUUUCUUCUCCCAGCCCGCCUUUAACAGGAAUAUUAUCAAUAUUCAUAUUAAUAAUAAUAUUCCUCGUCGUCAUGCCGCUGGGCGUGAAGCCGAGCUGCUCGCAGUGCAAGAGCAACUCUUCGUCCAUGUGGAAGAAGAGCAGCCAGGGCGACAUCUUGUGCAACAACUGCGCGGUGAAGAGCAGUUUAGUGGCCGCCGGGACCUCGUUCUCCUCCGCCUUCUCCUCCUUCUCCUCCCCGGCCUCUGCUGGAGCCUCCGCCGGCAGCCCUGCCGGGAAGCAGUGCAAACAGGAGAUCCACAGGAGGUCAGCUCGCCUGAGGAGCACCAAGUACAAAACUCCUGCGUCUGACAAGAAAGUUUCCACCAAAGGCAAAGGGAGAAGACACAUUUUUAAAUUGAAGAAUCCAAUCAAGGCUCCAGAAUCUGUAGCAACCAUCAUCACUGCAGAGUCUGUCUUCCACAAGGGUGUGUUCUACCAGACCGGGGAUGUGAUCAAGGUGGUUGACGAGGAGGAUGGAAAGUCCUACUUUGCUCAGAUCCGAGGUUUUGUCCAGGACCAGUACUGCCAGAAGAGUGCCGCUCUCACCUGGCUCCUCCCCACUCAGGACAGUCCUCAGGGGCACUUUGAUGCUGGCACCUACAUCCUGGGUCCAGAAGAAGAGCUGCCCAGGAAGAUGGAGUACCUGGAGUUUGUGUGCCACGCCCCCUCCGAGUACUUCCGGUCCCGCAGCUCACCUUUCCCCACGCUGGUCAGUCGGGCAGAGAGAGGCUACAUCUGGACUCACAUCGGGCCCUCACCUGGGCGGGGCCUCAAGGAGGCUGUGGGCGGGGCUAGUUAGCGUUAGCACCUGGACCUUUUGUACAGUCCUGCUCCUGGUCCUGGUCCUUGUCCCGGUCCUGGUCUCACCUUCACGGCCUCAGGCAGACCCAGCAGUCAAAGACCAUCUGCACAUUUAAAGUCUUGUUGACAAAUACAUCAUGUCGAUGUUUUGUUUACAAGUAAACACAUCUGUACGUUUGACAAAUACAUCAUGUCAAUAUUUUUUUUACAAGUAAACAUUUUUGAAUAAAAAUGACGAUGAUUUGUUUGCAAGUAAACAAAAAUAUGUUUGAAAAAUAAUGUAAAUGAGUUGUUUUCAGUAAACAAAGCUGUUUGCAAAAGAAACCAUGUCAAGGUCUUAGACAAAUGUUUGUAAAGUAAAUCAUGGUAAAUAUUUUGUUUGCUAGUAAACAAAUCUGUUUGAAUAAUGUAAAUGUUUUGUUUACUAGCCAACAAAACUGUUUAUAAAAUAAAUCAUUUACAUUUUUGUUUACCAGCAAACAAAUCUGUUUAAAAAAUAAAUUGUGUACAUGUUUUGUCUACUAGUAAACAAAUCUCUUUGAAUAAUGUAAAAGUUGUGUUUACUUGUAAACAAAUCUGCUUUAAAUAAAUUAUGUAAAUGUUUUGUUUACUAGUAAACAAAUCUGUUUAAAAAACAACUUAUGUAAAUGUUUUGUUUGCUAGCAAACCAAUCUGUUUGAAUAAUGUAAAUGUUUUGUUUACUAGCAAACAAAUCUGUGUUUAAAAAAUAAAUCAUGUACAUGUUUUGUCUACUAGUAAACAAAUCUGUUUGAAUAAUGUAAAAGUUGUGUUUACGUGUAAACAAAUCUGCUUUAAAUAAAUUAUGUAAAUGUUUUGUUUACUAGUAAACACAUUUGUGUUUGAAAAAUAAAUAAUGUAACUGUUUUGUUUACUAGUAAACAAAUAUGUUUAAAAACAACUUAUGUAGAUGUUUUGUUUGCUGAUAAAAUCUGUCUAAAAAUAAUUUAUGUAAAUGUUUUGUUUGCUAGUAAACAAAUCUGUUUGAAUAAUGUAAAAGUUUUAAAAUCUGCUUUAAAUAAAUUAUGUAAAUGUUUUGUUUACUAGUAAACACAUUUGUGUUUGAAAAAUAAAUGUAAAUGUUUUGUUUGCUAGUAAACGAACCUGUGUUUGAAAAAUAAAUCAUAUAAAUAUUUUUUGAUUGGCAACACUAAAUGGUCCCUAGUGUGUGAAUGUUGUCUGUCUAUCUGUGUUGGCCCUGUGAUGAGGUGGUGACUUGUCCAGGGUGUACCCCGCCUUCCGCCUGAUUGUAGCUGAGAUAGGCGCCAGCGACCCCCGUCACCCCAUAAGGGAAUAAGCGGUAGAAAAUGGGUGGAUGGAUGGAUAUAAAUAUUUUGUCUACUGGUAAACAAUGUUUUGUUUACUAGCAAACAAAUCUGUGUUUAAAAAAUAAAUAAUGUAAAUGUUUUUUCUACUAGUAAACGAUGUUUUGUUUACUAGCAAACAAAUCUGUGUUUAAAAAAUAAAUGUAAAUGUUUUGUCUACUGGUAGACAAAUAUGUUUGAAUAAUGUAAAUGUUUUGUUUACUAGUAAACAAAUAUGCUUUAAAUAAGUUAUGUAAAUGUUUUGACUACUGGUAAACAAUGUUUUGUUUACUAGCAAACAAAUCUGUUUAAAAAAUAAUGUAAAUGUUUUGUCUACUGGUAAACAAAUAUGUUUGAAUAAUGUAAAUGUUUUGUUCACUAGUAAACAAAUAUGCUUUGAAUAAAUUAUGUAAAUGUUUUGUUUACUGGUAAACACAUUUGUGGAAAAAUCAUUUAAUGUUUUUUUUACGGGUAAAAAAAUCUGUGUCUGAAAAAUAAAAUAUGUAAAUGUUUUGUUUACUACUAAAACAAAUCUGUUUAAAAAUAAAUGAUGUAAAUGUUUUGUUUUUAGUAAACAAACCUGCGUUUGAAAAAUUAAUUAUGGAAAAUGUUUUAUUUACUAGUAAAGAGAUUUGUGAAACAUUUAAAUGUUGGUUUACUCGUAAACAAAUGUGUUUGAAAAAUAAUGAAAAUUUGUUUACAGGUAAACAAAGAUAUGUUAGAAAAAUAAUGUGCUGUUUUCAGUAAACAAACCUGUUUAAAAAAUAAAUCAUGUAAAUAUUUUUUCUUCUAGUAAAACAAAUCUGAAUAAUGUACAUGUUUUGUUUACUGGUAAACAAAUUUGUGUUUGAAAAAUACAUCUAAAUGUUUUGUUGACUAGCAAACAAAUCUGUUUGAAUAAUGUA